AAAAGGCAAGGCCGGACGUUUUCCUGAUUUCGUUAUCCAACUGUUAUCGACCGUUUUUCGCUGCAGCCGAGCACAAGGGGACCGCCAUAUUCGGGUACACGGGGGAGUACAUGCGAAACCUUUAUUAGACUGACAGGUGCAAAGUGAUGCCUCGUAGUUUUACCUUCGGGCAUUUCCUUCCCUCCCGCUCAACGAGGUCUUUGCAAACAGCAGCAUUCCAGUUCUGCUAGUCAUUUUUCUUUUCACAACUGCGUUGUAUCUGAAUCAAAAUGGCCGAACCUCCGAACUGGGUUUUCUCUAUGUUUGCAUUUUUUGGCUUCGUCCUGGUCACCAUUCCUCUUCCAUGGCAUCUUGAAUCAUGGAACACUGGUACAUGCUUGUACAUGGUUUGGACUGGGUUGGCCUGCCUGAAUCAGUUUAUCAACUCCGUGGUAUGGAACAACAACGCGAUCAACUGGGCUCCCGUUUGGUGUGAUAUUUCUACAAGGUUCAUCAUUGGAUCUAGCGUUGGGAUUCCUGCAGCAUCUCUCUGCAUCAACCGCCGCCUCUAUCACAUCGCGUCGGUAUCUUCCGUAACGAAGACACGAUCUCAGAAGCGCCGGGAUAUCACGGUCGACCUAUGCAUUGGAUUGGGCAUUCCUUUGGUGGAAAUGAUUCUUCAAUACAUUGUUCAAGGUCACCGCUUCAACAUCUUUGAGGAGAUUGGAUGCUAUCCGUUCACCUAUAACACUCCUCCCGCCUACGCUCUCGUAUUUUGCUGGCCUGUGGUCAUUGGAAUGAUUUCUGCUUGCUACUGUAUGCUUACCAUCCGUGCCUUCGCGCACAGGAGGUCUCAGUUCAAAGAACUCUUGUCGAUGAACAAGAACCUUAGUUCUGGUCGCUACUUCCGUCUUAUGGGUCUCGCAGGAAUCGAGGUUCUUUGCACAGUACCUCUCGGUGCCUACUCUAUCUACCUUAAUGUUUCGGCCGAACAAAUUCAGCCAUGGCUCGGUUGGGCCAACACGCACUACGACUUCUCUCGUAUUGGUCAAUACCCAUCAAUCAUCUGGCACAUGGACUACUUGACCGUAGUCUCUCUUGAGCUCAGUCGCUGGCUCGUCGUUUUGUGCGCAUUCAUCUUCUUCGCCUUCUUCGGAUUUGCCGAGGAGGCAAGAAAGCACUACAAGAUCGCCUACUCUUCGGUAGCCAAGCACGUCGGGCUCUCAACUGGUGCUAUGACUUCUGGAUGGAUGAGCUCUACUGGCUCGAAAGAUAUGACUUACAGUGGUCGCAACGGCACCAUGCCUGUUUUCGUUACUCAACGUACGGAGCAGAAGCGCGACUCACUCACUUCUUUCUCUACCAACCUCUCUAUCCCCGAGUUCGGUAGUGCAUUCGAUGACGUGAAGGACAUGCCAUAUUCUCCCACGGAAUCAUCUACCGGAUCAGGCUCCAGGGUCAGCUUGCAUGAACCCCACGUCGUCGAGAACGGCGUGCCCCUUCCUGAUCCGCCCGCUCUUGCUCGCCCUGAACCUACACUUGAUCUCUCCUCUGUACCACGACACUCGAGUGAUAUACAAAUCUCGCCCGUCGAUAUGGUCUGAUUCUAUUAUUCCUUUUUUUCUUGACCUUCUGCACUCCCAAAAAAAACUUUCAAAGGAACAUUUCAACACAUUCGUCUUCACUACCGCCUGCGUUAUCUCUGACAUUCUACCCUGUGUAUCCCUAGCUGUUAUCGUCUGGAAAUCCCCUACCCGCUCUUUAAUUCCUUCUCUUGCUGGAUACCCUCUCUCACAGCGUACCCCCUUAUCAGUAUUUUUAUGUAUAUGUACUUGGGUUUAGAGGCCGGAUACGCGUGCUACCUAAUAGACUCAACUUCUUGUU